AUGAGUUACCAGAAUGCAACAUUUGAGUUAAAUGUGGGGUCAAGCACUAAGCCAAAGCAUCCACCGGGAACAGACUGGACCACUGCAGAUGGAGACUAUGGCCCAGCCCUGCUUGAAAACCAACUCAGUGUGAGUGACUUUGUCAAAAUACAGAGUGCUUUUGAGUCCCCAGAGCAAAGACAAACCAUCUCUAUGUCCAGAGAAGAGUUCGUGCAGAGGAUGAAAGAGAUUAUUGGUUGGGGCACAAAGAAAGAAUAUCAGGAGCUCUUUGACAAAGUGGAUGUGGCUGGAGAUGGCUUCAUUAAUUGGGACAAACUAAUCUCAUUUAUAUUGUUAGCGCUCCAUGAAAAAGAUGAACAAGCAAAGGCAACUGUGGUUCCCCAGUGGAAGGCCCUUGAAUUCCUUCCAGUGAAGCACAAGGAUACCAUUCAAAAAGUAAUUUUCUUAAAAAGUUCAAGUCGUUAUCUGACUAUCAGUAAAGAAGGUUUAUUAGGAAUCUGGGGAGAGAAUUUAAAGCUGCAAGAAACACUUCCUAUCACUUCAGAUGGCAGCAAGCUCAAACACCUGUGGGUAACAAGUCUGGUUUCUCUGGAAAAUGUACACAAGAUAGCAGUGGCUUUUACCUGUAAAGAGAUUUGUUUCUAUGAUCUGCUGUCCAAAGAAGGAUUUCCUUGUCAAUACAAACUCCAAGGCCUGAAAACAACACCAGUUUGCAUGGAUUAUUGGUAUGACCCUCUUGAUGCCAAUGAAUCAAUUCUGUCCUUUGGGGACAUAACUGGAAAGGUCCGAGUGAUUUCUUUCACAGCAGCCUUGAUAUCCUUAUUUGAGCAGCCUGCUAGUGCUUGUGAAGAUGAAGAUGCCACUGUGACCAUUAAUUGGGCAGAACUGCUCUCUGGAUAUCACAAAUGUUGCUAUACAUUAGAGCACAAGCUUCAUCAUGGAGAUUGGGUCAGGCAAGUUGCUUACAAUGCAUCUUUAGAUGCUAUCAUUUCUAGUACUACCAGCAGUACAAGUACUAUGGUGCUGGGUUGGAGAGAGAAAUCAAAAAACCAUCUUAAAAUGACAUCCUUCAACAUUGCCCAGGGCAUUCAUGCUUUUGAUUACCACUCUCGGCUCAAUUUAAUUGCAACUGCUGGCAUUAGCAAUAAAGUUUACCUUUGGAAUCCCUACGUUGUCUCUAAGCCGGUUGGUGUUCUUUGGGGUCAUUCUGCCAGUGUAAUAGCUGUCCAAUUCUUUGUUGAAAGAAAACAGCUUUUCAGCUUCUCCAAAGAUAAAGUAUUGAGACUCUGGGAUAUUCAACAUCAGCUGUCCAUCCAGAGGAUAACUUGUCCUUUCCCCAAAAGUCAGGACUUCAGAUGCCUCUUUCAUUUUGAUGAAGCUCAUGGACGCCUUUUCAUUUCAUUUAAUAACCAACUAACUUUGUUGGCAAUGCAAAGUGAAGCUGGCAAGAGGGUGAAAAGUCAUGAGAAACCAGUCACUUGUGUUCUUUACAGUUCCAUCUUGAAGCAGGUAAUCAGCUCUGAUUGCGGGUCUACUGUUUCCUUUUGGAUGAUAGACACUGGGCAGAAAAUCAAACAGUUUACUGGUUGCCAUGGCAAUACAGAAAUCAGCACCAUGGCCCUAGAUGCAAAUGAGACACGGCUUUUGACUGGCAGCACAGAUGGGACCAUAAAGAUAUGGGACUUCAAUGGAUAUUGUCACCACACACUAAAUGUUGGACAAGAUGGAACUGUGGAUAUUUCACAGAUCUUAGUUCUUAAGAAGACCAUACUGGUUACUGGCUGGAAAAGGACUAUUACUGUGUUUCGACCCCAGAACUUCAAUCAAUUUUUCAUCCAGCCUGAAGAAUGGAAAGGAGGAGUACAGCAUGGUGAUGACAUAUUAUGUGCUGCAUUUUUACCUCCACAAACUCUGGCUACAGGAAGUUAUGAUGGAGAAAUUGUUCUGUGGAACAAUAGCACAGAAAAUGCUUACCAUGUCUUUCACCCUGAUUACCAGAAGCAGCUAAAAUCAAAAUUGGAUACAGAGCCUCAUAAGCUUCUCAGUGCUGGCAGGGGCUGCCCUACCACCCCAAUCACAGACCAUGCCACCCUGGGAGACUACUCCUCUGAGAUUGACACUGAGGGCAAUAAUGCUGUUAUGAGGCUUUGCUUCCUUGAAGCAAGAAAAAACAUUGCAGCAACAGGAGGAGCUAACCUUGUAUCCUGUGGAGGAUCUGGUUAUGUCCGAUUCUGGGAUACAUUUAAGAAGCAACUUCUGGCUGAAUUUUUGGCUCAUAGUGGAGUUAGAUCCAUUAUUAUGUCUAUUGAUAAACUGAACCGAUACCUUGUCACAGGAGAUGUUGAUGGAUGGUUGAAAAUAUGGAAUAUAGAGGAGUACUGCCUUCAUUCCAGCAAAGACAAAGUUACACAGCCCCCUACUCUGAUCAGAUCAUUCCAACCUCAUGAAGACAGAAUAAGUUGCUUAGAGAUGUGUGAGCUGCGUGGCCAGUCACUGAUCAUUUCCUCCUCAGUGGAUUGCAAUAUUUCUGUGACUGAUGUUGGUAGUUCUCCUAUUUGGAUCUUUGGUCAGGCAAAGCAUUGGCAGAUUGAAAAUUGUAUUUCCCUUCUGAAAAGAGAUACUAACUUAAUGGAAAGUGAAAUUCAAGAGAAAAGCCUAAGGACGAUUCCUUUACUUUCUAAGGAAGAAACAUGUUUAGCCCCCAUAGAACAUUCUCUACCGUACAAGAACAACAAAGACGAAUCAAUGUCUGAUGUCAGAUUGUCAGAAGAUAUAAACUUAAGUACAAAAUAUAAAGAAAGAAAUAUCCACAUGAAAAAAACAAGUAAACUUCACAAUUAUGAAGUUAUACAAAAAACAACCAGUGCAUUUAGGUCAUUAAGUAUCAGAGUCCUGAAAGAGCUGCCUGAAGUAAAUAAACCUGCUUUUCUUCUGGAUCCUGAGAAAUACUUUAGAGAAGAGACAGAAGAGGAAUGUCCCCAAAUUCCAGAGCUUUCACCACUUUCUGAAACUUUGAAAGCUGUAUUUGAUGAGAAAAGCCUGUUUCCCAAGGAAAUUCUGGAUUGUGAACGAAGAGCCAAGCAAUUAUGUCAGGAAAUAAGUAAUGAAGUGAAAAUAAAGAAAAAU